CUCUUAUUCUGAAAAACCAAGGGGAAACAUUAUGUUAGCAACGUGUGAGGUAAACAAAGGCCGUUGUCCGAUGUCCGCAGAUCAAUGAAGAGCGGCAUUUUGGACCUGUGUCCAAGGAAAUAAGAGAUUCCAAGGAAAAAACUAUGAUGAUUAUGGAGAAUGAUGGACAACACAACAGCAAAUAAGAGCCACAUACCCUGUCAGUCGUGGGUGGGCCAGAAUGGCUGGUCCACAGCUUCAAGUGAUGGACCCCUCCUCAACCCGCUGGCCGGCUCUCAGCAUCUCAGCCUGGGCUCGUCUUCUGAACAGAGACCGUCCUACGAUCACCUGCAGACGUCCAAUCAGAGUUGUCUGAGCGACCUUAGCACGUUAUCAUCCACAAACAACACACAUCACUCUGCCUUGUACAAAGACUCUCACAUUAGCAGCAAUCCAUCAUCUACCACGUUAUUUGCCAACACUGCUAUCCCGAGUUCCUCUCCCCUUAUUUCCUUUGCUCAGCAAAGCCCUCAUACUUCAUCGGUGCUGCUAACAUCAAACCAAAGAAAAACUAUACUGCCACCAUCUCUUCCCCAACAAAACCAAGGACUACAGCCUUCUAGGCCCCAACAGUUACCAAUUCUCUCACCCCACGACCCUUACAAAGUGUCAUUUCGACCUCCAUUAACCAAUCAGGGUUUACCAAGCGGACUUCAAGAUCUGCCUAUGAGCCUGCCAUCAUGUGGACAACGUGUAAGUACAUCUCAAGCUAGUCUGGAAGGGGCAAAUGUGGAGUCUGCUGGUGUUGCUGGAUACACUCACAGCUAUGGCCCAUCCACUUCUCAGGAGCAGCCUCAGUGGAUACCGUCAUCACACUGCAGGGGAGCCGUGAGCAAGUUUGUCCCUGAUGCAGCUGCUCAUCAUAACAAUGAGCCGUCGCAGGAGAACAUCAUCCCACUGGCCAGCAAUGAGAGAUGGCGUUCAGUACUUUUAUAUCAUCGUGCACAACUACUUAAACAGCUGGCAGAGAUGGAUAAACUUCUGGAAUCAAUACCUUCAGAUGACAGCAGUGAUGGACAGUCUCUGCUCACAGCAAUCCAGUGUGAACAAACUAAGACCAGCGAUGCACAGCAAGUUCAGCUGUCUGCGAGAAAGUCAAAGUCAAAUCUUUCAGCAGAUUGUUCAUCACCUGCAUCCUAUAAUGAACACGAUGAGAACUGUGAUAUUCCCGAGGAUUUGAUGUCAGCGGGAGAAUCAGAGAAAAAGGAAAAUACCUCAGCCGAGUCAGGGGAUGACAGUGAUCCUGAUUACUUACCGAACAGUGAAGGUGACUUCUCUGAUUUCCGAUCUGACACUGACUGGGGCUCUUCAGAGGAAUCUAGUCACAGCGGUUCCUCGACCCCCACGGACGAAAAACCUCCUCAGUCACGAAAAAAAAAGGAUAAAUCGGGAAGUUCUUUGUACAAGGACGAGGUUGUAAAAAAGUAUCGUGCAGCCAAUCAGAAGAAGUCCUCUGAACCUGUAGUGUUGCCAACCUCAAAUUCGAAAGCGCAACGUGUUUACGACAAGAGGAAUUACUGUUUUUUUUGCUCUAAGCCACUAGCCAAAAUGGCACGGCAUUUAGAGACAGUCCACAGUGACAAAGCAGAGGUUGCAGUUGCAUUUCAGUAUCCCAUACAUUCCAGAGAAAGACAGAAGAUAUGGAACAAACUAAUAAAUCAAGGAAACUUUGCGCAUAAUAAAGAUGUUUUGCGAACAGGGAAGGGACAACUUGCUGUCCGAAAAAGACCAAACAGGACUGGACAAGCCAAAGACUUUCUUCAUUGUCUUUAUUGUCACGGUCUUUAUGUGAAGAAAGCUUUGUACAGACACAUGAGAAUGUGCCCAGAGAAAGUGAGGAAUGAAAAUGAACUGCAGAUUGGAAGAAAGCGCAUCGCAUCGCGGUGUGCGCUUGAAACUUUAGGAGAUCUUGGCAUAAGUGAUGGUUUUAAGAGCAUCCUGUGCGAGAUGAUAUACGAUGAGGUAACACAGGCUGUCAUGGAUGACAGGGUUAUCUUGCAGUUUGGAGAGCAAAUGUUUAAUCAGCAUGGAUCUGAUGUGAAGAAGCAUGAUUAUAUACGACAAAACCUUCGACAGAUAGCAAGACUUGUGCUCGAAGCUCAAAAAAUAACUCCUCUGAAGAACCUGGAGGACUUCUUUUACCCCUCGAGCUUCCGACAUGUGGUCUCUGCGGUGAAAGUCCUGGCAGGCUACGACCCGGAAAACAAAACAUACAACAUUCCUUCACUUGCCCUUAAGCUUGGCUACCACCUACAGAAGGCCUGUAGUAUUGUUGAGGGUAACGCAGUGAAGUGUGGUGAUGCAGGUCUGGCAGAGUCUGCGCGUAGUUUCCUCUCUGUGUACCAGAAGAAAUGGAAUGAGCUCAUUUCUUCAGGUGCAUUAACAACUCUCAGGGAAACAAAAUUGACCACAGAAAAGAAGGUGCCUUUUGCUCAAGAUGUGAAGCGCUUGAAUUUCCACAUGGAGAAUGUUCAUCUUCUUGCUGAGAAAAAACUCAGAGACAGCCCUUCUGCAGAAAACUACGCCGCUCUGGCCAAGGUAAUACUUGCCCGGACAAUUAUUUUCAACAGGAGAAAACCCGGAGAGGUGUCAACGAUUCAGCUAACAACGUUUAUGUCACGGAAAAAGUCAAACGUGUUCGAUGACAUGGAUGUGUCCGUCUCAGAUUUGGAAAGAACCAUGUGCGGGUUCUUCACUAGAGUUGACAUACGAGGGAACUGUGGGAGAAUGGUCCCUGUUUUACUAAAACCCUCAUUCACGUCGGCUAUGGAGCUUCUCGUAAAGAUUCGUGAGACAUGUGGAGUCCCCAGUAGGAAUCCCUUUCUCUUUGGACGACCAAGUGCACUGUCUGCCUACAAAGGGUCAGAUUGCAUCCAACAAUAUGUCAAAGAAUGUGGAGCUAAAAACCCUGAAGCGCUGACAUCUAGAAAGAUCCGACAGCAUUACGCAACAAUGCUGCAGCUGAUGAACCUGGAUGAAGAUGAGGCCAACCAAAUUUUAGGACCCAACAAUCAAGUCCGAAUCCUGCGACAGGACGGCGACAUGCAACCAGAUGAAGUUGAAAUGGACUCUGGAGCGAGAUUACAACGUGAAACGGGACAACAGGCUGCAUCAUGGGAUCAGACUGAGCUCUCCGCUGCAUGCUAUGAACCAGCAGAUUUAUAUCAACAAGCACAUGGAGUAACAACAGGCACCGACAUGACUGUACCUCCAAAAUCUGUCAACUCAGGCAACAAAGGGCUUCAGAAUAAAGGCAAACACAAAUGGGAAGAAGCAGAGGUCCGUGCUGUUGAGAGACACAUGAUGCAUUUCAUCCAAGGACACAAGGUGCCUCAGAAAAACGACUGCAUUCACUGUCUUGAGGCUGAACCAAAAGCACUGAGAACCCGUUCGUGGAAAGGUGUAAAGGACUAUGUCAGAAACAGGAUCACUGCCCUAAAAAGACAAAGUGGCACUUCCCAGGCUUUAUCUACAGACAGUAGCGGGCCAGGGCAAGUGGAAGCACAGCAGUGUACUGGACAUUUUUAGUAGCUGUAGAUGUGAUAUUUUGUUGAUGGCAAAACCUGUGUUGUGCAACUUUUACCUCUUCCCCUUUCUUAUUCUUCGCCACCCUGUCUCCGUCAUUGGCUUUCAUUUUUUUUAUAUCAGUCUCCAUCUCAUAUGCAGCAUUUUGAACAUUUCUGUUCAUUACGAUGACCAAGAAUAGUUUGAUUAGGUGAUUACAGAAUAUGUCUUUUGCUGUGAUUUUGUUACAACUUAUUAAGUUCCUUUAGACAGACACAAGUUCACCUUCUGUGACCACGUUAUCUGGUAUACUGUGUUAUUAUGUUUGGUAAUCCUAGUAUAUGGUAUUUUGUUUGACUUUGUUUAACCAUAUCACCAAGAAUAAAGUGCCAACAAUAAUAUUUCAGCAGCUUGUGAACAAAAAGAUGAGUAACCUGUAUUCCACAAAAAUGAUAAACUCAUGGUUUUCAGUAAUUUGCGCCACCCUGUCGUUGCAUGUAUAAAUGACAAUCAUAGAGGCAGUGAUGGAGAAAGUAUUGAGAUAUUUUACUUAAAGCAGCAAAGCUACAUACUGGUCUCACAAUUUUAAUAAUGUAAAGUUCAGAAAAUUCAAAAAAAUUCACCAGCAAGCUUCAAAGCUAAAACCACGCAUUAGGCAACCGAAUUGCAUUGUCAGUGUCAUAUUGUCAUAUUAUAUAUUUUCAGAUUAUUAUUACUAAUAACAUGCAAGCAGUGUUUUAAUGUUGUAGCUCAUCAAAGUGGAGCUACUUUCAAGUACCUUCUAUAUUUAAAUUUAUUUUACAUGUUAUAGAAAAUCAUUAAUGUAUUAUUGUCUAAACAGAUUUUCCGUGUAUGAUCUAUGUAAAGUAACCAUAGCUGUUAAAUAAACGUAGUGGAGUAAAAAGUGCAGUAUUUUCCUCCGAAAUGUAGUGAAGGUGAAGU